GUACACCAUCUGCUGUUUCUGAUGACGUCCCGCACAGGUCUCCCGUGUUUUACUAUGGCGGCGAUUUGGUAAAUUAAAAAGAAAGCUGAAUUAGAGUGAAUUAGAAAUCCUGCUUGAAAAUUAAGUACAAAAAAGAAGGACUGCCUUCACUGCUGUCUGGACGACACUCUCUGUUCGUUUUCCGCUGUGAUGACGAACAGGACGGCGUAUUUUUACGACCCAGACGUGGGGAACUUUCAUUACGGUGCUGGACACCCAAUGAAACCCCAUCGACUCUCUCUCACCCACAGUCUUGUUCUGCACUAUGGGCUCUACAAGAAGAUGAUGGUGUUCAAGCCAUACAAAGCCUCCCAACAUGACAUGUGCCGCUUUCACUCGGAAGAUUACAUCGACUUCCUGCAAAAGGUCAGUCCCAACAACAUGCAGGGCUUCACCAAAAGUCUCAACACCUUCAACGUUGGGGAUGACUGUCCUGUGUUUCCUGGCCUGUUUGAGUUCUGCUCACGCUACACGGGAGCCUCUCUGCAGGGAGCAACGCAGCUAAACCACAAGAUCUGUGAUAUCGCCAUCAACUGGGCUGGAGGCCUGCACCAUGCCAAAAAAUUUGAGGCGUCUGGAUUUUGCUACGUGAAUGACAUUGUCAUCAGCAUUCUGGAGCUGCUAAAGUACCAUCCUCGCGUGCUCUACAUUGACAUCGACAUUCACCAUGGCGACGGCGUGCAGGAGGCCUUUUACCUCACCGACCGGGUCAUGACCGUAUCCUUCCACAAGUACGGGAACUACUUUUUUCCCGGGACAGGAGACAUGUAUGAAGUGGGAGCCGAAAGUGGGCGAUAUUACUGCUUGAACGUCCCCCUCCGAGAUGGGAUUGAUGACCAGAGCUACAGGCAGUUGUUCCAGCCGGUCAUCAAGCAGGUGGUGGACUUUUAUCAGCCAACCUGUAUUGUUCUUCAGUGUGGGGCUGACUCUCUGGGCUGUGAUAGACUGGGCUGUUUUAACCUCAGCAUAAGAGGUCACGGGGAGUGUGUGGAGUUCGUGAAGAGCUUCAAAAUCCCGCUGCUGGUCCUGGGCGGCGGAGGAUACACGGUCCGCAACGUGGCGCGCUGCUGGACCUAUGAGACUUCCCUGUUAGUCGAGGAGUCGAUCAGUGAUGAACUGCCUUACAGCGAGUACUUUGAAUAUUUUGCUCCUGAUUUCACGUUGCACCCAGAUGUCAGCACCAGGAUAGAAAACCAGAACUCCAGACAGUACCUGGAGCAGAUCCGGCAGACGGUAUUCGAGAACCUGAAGAUGCUGAACCACGCGCCCAGCGUGCAGAUCCACGACGUGCCCUCGGACCUGCUGAGCUACGAGCGGACCGACGAGGGAGACCCUGACGAGAGAGGCUCUGAGGAGAACUAUUCACGGCCAGAAGCAGCCAAUGAAUUCUAUGAUGGUGACCAUGACAACGACAAAGAAAGCGACGUUGAAAUCUGAUUGGUCAGCUGUGCGGAAGAGGCGGAGUUACUGGGCAGCCUGGGAAGCGGUCAUGCAGCAGCCAUCACUGCACACACAGGACACAGGCUGCGAUGACAGAGCUGCCACCAUCCUCCAUCCUGCGACAUGAAUUAGGAUUGAUGCUGACCAGAACAUGCGUUUUUGUAACCAUAGUCCAGAUUCACUCACCUUAAAAAUAACUCCCAUGGCACAGCAAAGAACCUGUUUUUUUUUUCCUUGGAUGCUGACC